AUGGACCAAGUAAAAGAAUACACGUCGAAAUUCGAGGAAUAUCUCGAAAAGUUCUCGCAACCUUUGAAACCAUACAUUCCGGCCAUUGCUCGUUUUCUUAUCGUGGUAACAUUUAUUGAAGACUCGAUCAGAAUUAUUCUUCAAUGGGACGACCAACUUUGGUAUCUUGAAAAACACCGAAGUUUUCCUUGGGGAUUGUCGCAUUUGUUUCUCAUUGUUAAUGUUCUCACGAUGGUAGCAUGUUCUUUUCUAGUUGUCCAGAGAAGAUUUCCAGAAUAUUCAGUAGGCGGACUUUUUGCCGUAGUUAUCGCCCAAUCAAUUGGUUACGGGCUAAUCUUCGACAUAAAUUUCUUCCUACGAAACUUAUCCGUGAUCGGUGGCCUCCUGAUGGUACUCUCAGAUGCUUUCUCAAAAAAAAGAUCCUUAUUCCCAGGGCUACCACAACUAUCAGAGACAGAUCGAAAAACAUACUUUCAAUUAGCCGGUCGCGUCCUCUUAAUCUUCUUAUUCAUCGGCUUCAUCUUUAAUGGCGAUUGGUCAAUCACGCGAGCAUUGGUCUCGCUUGUCGGGUUCGUUGCCUGUGUGAUGGUGGUGGUUGGGUUCAAGGCGAAAUGGUCAGCGACGUUUUUGGUGCUAUUUUUGUCGAUUUCCAACGUGUUACUCAAUAAUUGGUGGUCGGUGCAUCAUGCGCAUCCGCAACGUGAUUUCUUGAAGUACGAUUUUUUCCAGACGUUGAGUAUUAUGGGUGGGCUGCUGUUACUAGUUAAUAUGGGUCCAGGAGGAAUUUCUCUUGAUGAAAAGAAAAAAGUGUUUUAG